GUAACCCAAAUUUGGUGAGUUGUAAAACAGAAACAGCGAGUUUCCAAACAUACCCAAUUCCCUAUGCCCAUUCUCGAGAGGCGCCAGAAGAUAUCGUCAAUCCUGUGUUCAGGAAUGGGUUCUUCGCGCCUCCAAAUGACUCCCUUUCAUUCCUGAUUCCUCUCCCACCAAGGAAUUUUGAUCCCUUCUCUCUCUCUCUCUUCUAGUUGAAACUUUUCUUGGUACGUCAAAAGUAUUCCCCCCACAACCAUUUUCACUACCAAUUUUGGUCCUUCCUCGGGUUGUUAGUCUCCACAUUUAAGAUCUGUGGAGAUGUCAAGCUUUGAAGGUGUUUUAGUUUCUGACCAAUGGCUACAUAGUCAGUUCACUCAAGUUCAGCUUCGAAGCCUCAAAUCAAGAUUUACAUCAGCAAAGAAUCAUAAUGGCAAACUGACAACCCGAGAUUUGCCGCAUAUAAUGGUGAAAUUAAAGGCGUUCAAGGAAUUGCACAGCGAAGAGGAGAUCAUGGGAAUCUUGAGCGAGUCAGAUCCUCAGUUGAGCAAUGAGAUUGAUUUUGAAUCCUUUCUCAGGGCAUAUUUAGAUGUGCAUGGCCGAUCAGCAGAAAAAGUGGGUGGUGCAAACAACUCUUCAUCAUUUCUCAAGGCCAGCACAACCACCCUUCUUCAUACAAUCAGUGAAUCUGAAAAAUCACUCUAUGUCGCUCACAUCAAUGGCUUUCUUCGAGAUGAUCCAUUUCUAAAGAACUAUCUCCCAUUAGACCCAAAUUCAAAUGAUUUGUUUGAUCUCGCAAAAGACGGAGUUCUUCUCUGUAAACUUAUCAAUGUUGCUGUACCUGGGACGAUAGACGAACGAACUAUCAAUAUGAAAAGAGUUCUCAACCCAUGGGAAAGGAAUGAAAACCAUACUCUUUGCCUCAACUCUGCCAAAGCCAUUGGCUGCACAGUGGUUAAUAUUGGUGAACAGGACUUGGUAGAAGGAAGACCGCAUCUGAUCUUGGGAUUGAUUUCGCAACUUAUAAAGAUCCAACUAUUGGCUGAUCUUAACCUGAGGAAGACACCCCAACUUUUGGAAUUGAUUCAGGAUGGCGGGGAUAUCGAGGAGCUUAUGAAUUUACCUCCAGAGAAGAUUCUGUUAAAAUGGAUGAAUUUCCACCUUCAGAAAGCAGGAUACAAGAAAACUGUUUCAAAUUUCUCAUCUGAUCUGAAGGAUGGAGAGGCUUAUGCUUACCUGCUAAAUGUUCUUGCCCCUGAAUUCUGUAAUCCAUCCACAUUGGCUACUAAGGAUCGUAAUGAAAGGGCGAAACUUGUACUUGAUCAUGCCGAACGAAUGGAUUGCAAACGAUACUUGACUCCAAAAGAUAUUGUCGAGGGUUCAUCCAAUUUGAAUCUUGCUUUUAUGGCACAAAUAUUUCACCAACGGAGUGGUUUAUCAAUAGAUGGAAAGAAGGUAUCAUAUGCGGAGAUGAUGACGGAUGAUGUGCUAACUUGUAGAGAAGAAAGAUGCUUUCGGCUCUGGAUUAACAGUCUUGGGAUUGCUUCUUUUGUUAACAAUGUAUUUGAGGAUGUCAGAAAUGGAUGGGUACUUUUAGAAGUGGUCGACAAAGUUUCUCCAGGGUCAGUUAACUGGAAGCAUGCAUCGAAACCUCCUAUCAAGAUGCCUUUUAAAAAAGUUGAAAAUUGCAAUCAAGUGGUUCGGAUUGGGAAGCAGCUGAAAUUUUCAUUGGUUAAUGUGGCUGGAAAUGAUAUUGUACAAGGAAACAAGAAGCUCAUCCUUGCUUUCCUGUGGCAGUUAAUGAGGUUCAAUAUUCUUCAACUUUUAAAGAAUCUAAGAUCUUUCUCCCACGGAAAAGAGAUGACAGAUGGCGACAUCCUAAAGUGGGCAAACUCCAAAGUGAAGGGCACUGGAAGAUCUUCUCAAAUCGACAGUUUUCGGGAUAAGAGUUUGUCCAAUGGAAUAUUCUUCCUUGAUCUUCUGAGUGCUGUGGAGCCUAGAGUGGUGAACUGGAACCUUGUUACCAAGGGUGAAACUGACGACGAAAAGAGGUUAAAUGCUACAUAUAUUAUCAGCGUUGCACGAAAGUUGGGGUGCUCCAUUUUCUUGUUACCUGAUGACAUAAUAGAGGUGAAUCCAAAAAUGAUCCUGACAUUAACUGCCAGCAUUAUGUACUGGAGCCUCCAGCAGCCUGUUGAAGAACUGGAUGCCUCUCCUUCUCCUGCCACAGCAAGUACAAUCACGGAUAGGUCGACGACAUCAUCCAUCAAUGGUGAAGACGAGAGCUCCUCCCUCUGCGGGGAAGUUUUGAACUUGAGUAUAGACGACACUGCCUCUGAUACUACAGUCUCGUCUGUGGUCGAGAAUGAAAGGGACCUCAACCUCAUGUGAGGCCGAGACGAGAUGAGUUGAGUCAUUCAUUCGACUUGGAAAGAAGAAAGGUGAAAGUGGUGGUUACAUCAGCAUCUGGGCUCGAGUCGAAGCUGCAAAUGCAUACAUAUAAAACACAAGCUUCUGAUGAAGAAAGAAAGAAUAAAAAGAGAAGAAGAGAAGAGAAGAGACGAGAAGGUUUUCAAUGGUAAAUCAGGAAGUUUUAUAUAUCCUUCCAAAGGGAGAAAGUGGAGGAGGGGAUGGGGAUGAAAUAAAAUGGGUUAAAUCCCAAAUUUUCUUCAACAGUUUGUUAUAUUGUAGAUAAUAGAAAAGUUGGUUUUCAGCAAGUAAAGUAAUGUUGAUAUAAAUUACCUCCUCUUUCUGGGAACAACAGCAUUUCUAAACUGCUGAAAACUAUUUUCUUUUAUUCUACAACAUUCAAUUACCCUUA